AUGGCUUGCCCUCCUCCUUUCAAACCCGCCUCAGGCCGUCCCGAUGACACCUUCUACUUCGACCCAGAGUUCACCGCCAAGACCCCAAGAGAUUCUCCAGGAGUGCCUCGUGCCAACGCCCAUCAGCUCUUCAGAGGCUUCAGUUUUGUUGCGAUAACGGAGGAAGAAACUCAACCAUUACCAAAUGUCAUAGUAAAGCAGCUGCACAGAAGCACGUCUCAGUUCUCGGACGCGUAUGACAUCAAGGAGGACAUCGGCGUGGGGUCGUACUCCAUCUGCAAGCGCUGUUUGCACAAAGGCACCGGCAUGGAGUACGCGGUCAAGAUCAUUAGCAAGGCCAAGAGGGACCCCACGGAGGAGGUGGAGAUCCUCCUGAGAUACGGCCAGCACCCUAACAUCAUCACCCUCAAAGACGUGUUUGACGACGGGCGCUCCGUCUACCUGGUCUCUGAGCUGAUGAAGGGCGGCGAGCUGCUGGACAAGAUCCUGCGGCAGAAGUUCUUCUCUGAGAGAGAGGCGAGCGCCGUGCUGUACACCGUCACCAAGACCCUGGAGUACCUCCACGUCCAGGGGGUGGUCCACAGAGACCUGAAGCCCAGUAACAUCCUGUACGUGGACGAGAGCGGGAACGCCGAGUCCAUACGCGUCUGUGACUUUGGCUUCGCCAAGCAGCUCCGCGCCGAGAACGGCCUUCUGAUGACGCCCUGCUACACCGCCAACUUCGUGGCCCCCGAGGUGUUGAAGAAGCAGGGAUAUGAUGCGGCCUGCGACAUUUGGAGCCUUGGAGUCCUGCUAUACACCAUGCUCACAGGGUUCACUCCCUUUGCGAACGGCCCAGAAGACACCCCCGAGGAGAUCCUGGCUCGGAUCGGCAGUGGGAAAUUCUCCCUGAGUGGAGGAUACUGGAACUCUGUCUCCACUGAGGCCAAGGACCUGGUGUCCAAGAUGCUCCAUGUGGACCCCAGCCAGCGGCUGACAGCAGGACAGGUGCUCCGGCACCCAUGGGUGAUACACCGCGAACAGCUGCCAAAGUACACCCUCAACCGACAGGACGCCCCACACCUUGUCAAGGGCGCCAUGGCCGCCACCUACUCGGCCCUCAACAGGAACGUGUCCACGGUCCUGGAGCCGGUGGGCUGCUCCACCCUGGCCCAACGGAGGGGCCUGAAGAAGCUCACCUCGACCGCUCUGUGACCUCA